UCUAAACAACAAAAUGAACGAGUAUAUAGUAUGAACAAGGUGUGUUGCAAUUGAUUUUUCUCUUUCAUAUAUCCUUUCAUUCAACCCUCAAGCAUUCAUCUUCUGAUCAUCCAUACAUCCAUGUGCAUGAACUCAUCAUCCCCCUAUUAAAUACCAAUCAAAGUUACACACAAAGACACAUGAACAACUGGUUAGGUUUCUCACUCUCACCUCAAGAUCAGCAACAAAUGGUGGAUUCACGGUCAUCUAUGGUUGAUAACCUCAACUCGGAUAGCAUCUCCGGCACCGGAGAGUGUUUUGAUUUGGGCUCUAACGCUGUUCACUCCUCCAUACCUUCUCUCAACCUUCCUCCUCCGUUUGGUUUACUCGAACCCCACCAUGAUUGGAACAUGAAGGGCGGGAGUUCAGAGUUGUCCAUGUUGAUGUCUGGUGGUGGUUCAUGCAAUGAAAACCCUGAAAUCCAACCACCAAAGUUUGAAAACUUUCUAAAUAUUGGUAACACCGGAAGCUACAUGUACCAACUUCCGCCGGAGGUCACCACCACCAGAGGAAACUCUAACACUGCCACUAGUAGCAUUGGUCUUUCCAUGAUAAAAAACUGGCUCAGAAACAACCCAACUCCAUCUAAUCAAAACGCCGCCACCGGACCUCAAGAAACCGCCCCAAUGAGUGUGUUUUCCAGUGGUGCUAGAACCAAUGAGCUUUCACUUUCGAUGGGCACCGGUGGAGAUGAUAAUAAACGCCAGCAAAUGGAGGUGGCAACCACCGUAGAUAGUGAAAACGCUGCUGCCGUGCCCAGGAAAUCCAUUGAUACAUUUGGACAAAGAACUUCUAUUUACCGUGGUGUUACAAGACACAGAUGGACGGGAAGAUACGAAGCUCAUUUAUGGGAUAAUAGUUGCAGACGAGAAGGACAAGUUCGUAAAGGAAGACAAGUUUAUUUGGGAGGCUAUGAUAAGGAGGACAAAGCAGCAAGAGCAUACGAUCUAGCGGCGCUAAAAUAUUGGGGCACCACGACCACUACAAAUUUUCCGAUUAGUAACUACGAGACGGAGAUCGAGGAGAUGAAGAACAUGACGAGACAAGAAUAUGUUGCCUCUCUUAGAAGGAAAAGUAGCGGUUUUUCACGAGGUGCUUCCAUCUAUAGAGGUGUGACAAGGCACCAUCAACAUGGAAGAUGGCAAGCAAGAAUUGGGAGAGUUGCAGGGAACAAAGAUCUUUAUUUGGGAACUUUUGGAACACAAGAAGAAGCGGCCGAGGCGUACGACAUAGCCGCGAUCAAAUUUCGCGGAUUGAAUGCAGUCACAAACUUUGAAAUCAACAGAUAUGAUGUGAAGUGCAUACUUGAGAGCACCACCUUACCAAUAGGUGGUGCGGCCAAACGUCUCAAAGACGCAGAAAAAGCAGCAGCCACCGAGUUACUGAUCAGGGCUGCUAAAGAUGACCACUUGACCACCCAUGAAGGCUAUGCCACCAUGACAUGGCCGAGCUCCAUCGACUACCAGCACCACCAAGCCAUGGCUCAAGCUCAAACCCAACCAUUUAGCAUGCAAUACCCACAACACUAUAAUACCUCGAACCAACAACGGUUAUGGUGCAAACAAGAACAACAGCCAGAUGGUCAAAGCUUCCAAGAUCUUCAUCAGUUCUUUCAACCAUCACCAAAUUCUUCUGUCCUUCACAAUCUCAUGAGCUUGGAUUCGUCUUCAAUGGAACAUAGUUAUAGCAGCGGAGGAGGAGGAGGAGGAGGUGAUGAUCUGGUGAUGGGAUAUGGUGGCACCGGCAGUGGUUAUAUGAUGGCUAAUACUACAAACACUGAUUCGUCUCAACAUGGUGAUGGAAGCUUGUACUACCAUCACCAAGGAUCCGGUUAUGGUGGUUGGGUGCCAACCGCUAUACCAACGCUGCCACCACAAAGUGCCAACUUGGUGGUGGCUCCCAACUUUACUGCUUGGAAUGACUCAUAAAAAGCUGAAUACAAUUUGAGGGUUUUAGGUACUUCUUUUUUCAUGCAUGCAAUUCUUUCUUCUUCACGAACUUGGAAAGAGAUUAGGGUUUUAUUUAACUUUGUAUUAAUUAGAUUAGGAUCUAACCAAAGGUCAACAAACCAAUAGCAUUUAUAUAUGUUAUGGGUUUUGCGAUCUUAAUUUUGAAGGUGUAUUUAGAUCCACGGAAUAUAUAUAGAAAAUCAAGCAUUGUAAUUUCGAAUUUCACUUUUAACCACUAAAAAUACUUAUUCAUUUGGUCA